AUGGAGGCCUCUCCUUGGAAAAAUCUCAAGCAGCUAGAGUUCUCUCUAGAUUCCGUCAUUGAUCUCUCCUCCCCUGUAGCUACGUUUUCGUACGUCGAUGGAGUGACGGAGCUGCUCCGGUUUCUGCAAUCGGACUCGACCCAUUGUUUUACUUUUGAUCUCGCUUCAGCUCAGUUAUUCAAGUUGGGGACAGUCCAGCAGUUCAUAUAUAAUGAUAACUCAGAGGAGAAAUCAUUCUCCCAAGGAGUUAAUAUAAAGUUUGGAAGUGAGAAGGAUAGCAAGGAGUAUUGUGAUUCAUUUGAGGAGUGGAGAAAAUAUGCUCUUGUUCAGGGAUCAUCAUCCACAGUUUCAGCUAGUAAAAGCAAGUUCGACCAUAAGAUUGAGGCGUCCUCGGCCAAAAUGUAUUUCCAUUACUAUGGCCAACUUCUACAUCAGCAAAAUAUGCUACUACAAGAUUAUGUCAGGACAGGUACAUAUUAUGCUGCGGUGAUGGAGAACCGUUCUGAUUUUGCUGGUCGUGUCGUGGUCGAUGUGGGUGCUGGGAGUGGCAUUUUGUCAAUGUUUGCUGCCCAGGCUGGUGCCAAGCAUGUUUAUGCUGUAAUAGCAUCCCAAUUGGCUGAAUACGCACGUAAGCUGAUUGCUGGAAAUCCAUUGUUCGCUGAUCGGAUCACAAUCAUCAAGGGAAAAGUCGAGGCUAUCGCGGAUGUGUUUGAUGCAUUUGAUCCGAGGUUAUUGGUAGCUCCCCCUAUGUUUCGUAAAAGGAGUGACUUUGAUCGAAAAGGAUCAGGUAGUCCACAGCCGCCUCUGCUCGGACCAUACUGCGUUCGAGGCUACAAUAUGGGAGAGGCGAGAAACAUUCUCGAGCUAUCUUCUUAUCAAUCAGCACCAACUAGGAGGUCUGAAGGGACUGAUGUGUCCUUUUUGAUGGACCCUCCUCACCUUUCUACUCGUCUUUCUCAUAUCCUACGAAGACUGCUAGGAUCACGGACGAGGAGCUUGGUUUUCAUUGCUGCGUUGUUCAGCUCUGUGGCUGUCGCGAAGGCCCGUUCCAGUCCUGGGAGCAGCACCGAUAGCAGAGUUGAUGCUCUGCUUUCGGUUAUGAGCCAUUUUGGCUACAACCCGUUGCUGGCUGACACUUGGAUAGGGAAUGACCCUUGUGAGGGAUGGUACGGGCUAACCUGCGUGGAAGAUCAGGUCAAGUAUGUUGUACUUGCAUCCAUGAACUUGACUGGAAGCAUCUCCAAGCGGUUUGCAGAUCUCACAUCAGUACAUAUGAUCGAUCUUUCGCAUAACCUGCUCACUGGUACGAUUCCUUCUGAGCUCAACAAGAUGGAGUUGACCAGUUUGGAUCUUUCUUACAACCGCCUACACGGGAGAGUUCCACAUUUCAAGACACUAGUUGUCAACACACUAGGGAACCCAGAGAUUCUUAGAGAUGCUGCUUCACAUAAAGGUCACCACCAUACACUCGCUUGGAUACUUUCCGGUGGGUUUGGGGCUCUUGCCCUUUGUUUUCUGAUUGGAGCAGGCAUCCGUAUCUUUCGGUCCUGGAAGAGGAACCGAUCUGAUAGAGCCAGUCAGCCAGCGCAGAACGAGAUGGUGCCACAGUCUCAGCAGAGCGAGAUUUUGGAGAACAAUGCCUUUUCACUGGAAACUCUUCGGGAAGCUACACAAGACUUCAGCAUUUCAGUCGGGACAGGGGGGUCUGGAUCUGUAUAUCAGGGAAAGUUGAAAGAUGGAAGAGAGAUUGCGGUUAAGAAGGUGGACACUGCUGAUGGUAAAGGCUACGGUUUGUUUGACGCUGAGCUAAGUGUUUUAUCGAGAGUUCGCCACAGAAACAUUGUGAGCCUUCAUGGGUACUGCAUCCAGGGAGACGAGAGACUGUUAGUCUAUGAGCUGAUGGCACACGGUGCGUUGAGUAAGCAUCUCCGGAAGGAAGACAAAGCGGAACGAUUAGAUUGGAGUCGUCGCCUUGUUAUUGCAUUGGAUGUGGCUAGAGGAUUGGAGUAUCUCCAUACUCUAGCUAGUCAAAGUCAAAUAUACAUCCACCGAGACGUGAAAUCCGCAAAUGUUCUUUUGGGAGAAGAUUUACGAGCAAAGAUUGGAGACUUUGGUUUUGCCAGGGCUACAACAGAAGACAGAGAACCCAUAGAUACCAAGUGUGUUGGAACUCCAGGUUACACGGCACCGGAAUACUUUGACGGGUUAAAGCUUUCGAGGAAGGCAGAUGUCUACAGCUUUGGAGUCAUUUUGUUGGAGCUAAUAACCGGUAAAAAAGCUUUCGAAUACAUGAGUAGAUCCCAAGACUACAUUGCCAUCUGGUUCGAGAAGAAGAAAGACGACUUCUGGAAGGCCGUUGAAGAAGAAGAAGACAUUGGAACAGACUUUGAGACACAGCAGAGCGUCCAGGAGGUAGCUGAACUGGCAGGUUCAUGCUGCGCGAAGGAACCAGAGAGGAGACCAGAGAUGUCCCAGAUUGUCAGGGUUCUUUCAUCUCUGAUUGAAAUCAGAGAUAGAAGGAACCAGGCAAGCAGCAGCGGAUCUUGA